AUGCGUGGACAAACCGACCUUAUCAACCUUCGCAACCAGAACAGACGAGCCCGCCAUUUCUAUCUUCACAUCCGUCAUACCCUGCAUCGGGCUAUCCGAUGGGCUAUCCCAAUCACCCAAAUGGGCCUCUGCAUGGGUACCAACAGCAAGAACACCAAUUACCGGCGUCUUAUCUCGCACCUUCCCGUCACAGUGAACCUCGAAGGUAAGCCGAUUGAUUACCUGGCCUCUGAAAAGACUGACAUUUCCAGUUUUAGUUCACCUCUCCCCCAUCCCUUCCACCCUCAAUCUGCUUCCGUCACUCCUCAGUCCGAACAGCCUCUCAUGACAUCUCCUUCCGCUUAUAUGAUAAACCAACAUGCCUACUACUUCCCCGCCACACCGGACAUGCCAUCGCACCCUACCUCCAUCAGCUCUCAGCCACAAUCGAUGGUCCCCGAACCAAUGUACUCUUCACCAGAAUCAGCCGCCGCUACUGAUUCUGACCGUCCAGCAGGAGUAUCCAGCUUGCGCCCCCGACCACAAUGCUGGGACCAUGGCUGCAAUGGCCGUGAGUUCUCAACAUUCAGCAAUCUUCUCCGCCACCAGCGAGAAAAGUCAGGAGUGGUGGCUAAGGCUGAAUGCCCAAUAUGCGGUGCGGUAUUUACACGUACGACAGCACGCAAUAUCCAUGUUGGGCAGGGCAAGUGUAAAAGCUCAGGCAGAGAUUCAUCUGCUGAGUAG